UUCAUAGAUCGAAUUGUACAUUUAUACCCUCCCCCACGAGGGUUCUUCAAUACCCCUCUCCUCUCUCCCCAUAGCUUUCUCCUCUCCCAUUUCUUCUUCUUCUCAAAACUUCAUAUGAGAUACAGAAAGAAAGCGAAAAGAAAAGAAAAAGAAAAAGAAAAAAACUAUGAAAAACGCCCUUAGAUGUUGCAUAGCUUGCAUUCUGCCAUGCGGAGUUCUUGACGUGAUACGCAUAGUGCACACCAACGGCCGAGUGGAGGAGAUCACCGGCGACGUCACGGCGGCGGAGAUCAUGAAAAUGCACCCCAAACACGUCCUUAAGAAGCCGUCUUCCCGCUCCGUCGUCGACGGCGACCAAGGCGCGUGCCCCAAGAUCGUCGUGGUCCCGCCGGAGGCUCAUCUCCAGCGCGGCAAGAUUUACUUCCUCAUCCCGGUGCUGUCUCCGGCGCCGGAGAAACCCCGCGCGAAAUCCUCCUCCGCCAAAAAGAAGCGGUCCUCGUCGCCGGAAGUUGAGCAGAAGCGGCGGAGUAAGCAGAACGCUGCCGCCGCCGGUGUCAUCGUCUCCGAUCAGUACUUGAGUGAGAUUCUGUCGGAGAAGCUUUCCACGGCCCAGAGAGAUCGCCGGCGCGGCCGUGUCGGCGUCUGGAGACCUCAUCUAGAGAGCAUUUCCGAGACUCCAAGUGAAUCAUAGUCUUUUGGUCCUUUUUUUUUUUUUUUGUUCUUUUUAAUCUUCCUUGUUUCAUAUUCAUUUCCCUGGGCUCACACAAUUCGAAAUCCCUCACCUCAGAGCUCAUUCUUCGACCCAACAAUAUUUGUGAAGAUGGUGAAUCACAAUGACUCAAUGGGUCAUUAGCUGGAAGCAUAGACUGCGAGUGAAUCAUAUUCAUUUUCUUGAAUAUAAUUAUCCAUUAGGGUUCUAAGAAGCUCGAUAUUCAACAUCCUUUAUCUUUUCCUUUUUAUUCUUGUAUAUAAGAGAGCAUAGAUGAAAAUAAUAAUAUGUCGAAGUUUAUAGUA